GAGGAGGCCGCGGCCGAGUCGGUGCGAUCCCGGCGGGCGGCGCCGCCGCCGCAGCCCCAUGGAGCUCGAGAACAUCGUCGCCAACACGGUGCUGCUCAAGGCCCGGGAAGGUGGCGGUGGGAACAGGAAAGGCAAGAGCAAGAAAUGGCGACAGAUGCUACAGUUCCCUCACAUCAGCCUCUGCGAGGAUCUGCGGCCCACCGUGGAGCGCGAUUACCACAGCCUGUGCGAGAGACAACCAAUUGGGCGGCUGCUGUUCCGGCAGUUCUGCGAGACACGGCCCGAGCUGUUCCGUUGCGUCUGCUUCCUGGAUCAGGUGGCCGAGUAUGAGGUGACCCCUGAUGAGAAGCGAAAGGAGUGUGGACGGUGCCUGAUGCAGAACUAUCUGAACCCCAAGUGUACAGACAACAUCCUCCAAGUCCCCAUCCAGCUGAUGAACACGUGUGCUGAGAGACUGGAACAGAAUCCCUGCAAGGAGCUCUUCAAGGAGUUCACCAGGAUGACCCAUGAUUAUCUGAGCGUCGCCCCCUUUGCCGAUUACCUCGACAGCAUCUACUUCAAUCGUUUCCUGCAGUGGAAGUGGAUGGAGAGGCAGCCAGUGACCAAAAACACAUUCCGUCAGUACCGUGUGCUCGGGAAGGGCGGCUUCGGUGAGGUCUGCGCGUGCCAGGUGCGAGCCACAGGGAAGAUGUACGCCUGCAAGAAGCUGGAGAAGAAAAGGAUUAAGAAGCGCAAAGGCGAGUCCAUGGCCCUGAACGAGAAGCAGAUCCUGGAGAGAGUGAACAGUAGGUUUGUAGUGAGCCUGGCCUAUGCCUACGAGACCAAAGAUGCCCUGUGCCUGGUGCUGACGCUCAUGAACGGGGGCGACCUCAAGUUUCACAUCUACCACAUGGGGGAGGCCGGCUUCCAGGAGGAGCGCGCCGUGUUCUACGCGGCCGAGAUCUGCUGCGGCCUCGAGGACCUGCACAGGGAGCACAUCGUGUACAGGGACUUGAAGCCGGAAAACAUCUUGCUGGAUGACCAUGGUCACAUCCGGAUCUCAGACCUGGGGCUGGCGGUGCACGUGCCCGAGGGCCAGACCAUCAAAGGGCGCGUGGGCACCGUGGGCUACAUGGCCCCCGAGGUGGUGAAGAACGAGCGGUACACCUUCAGCCCGGACUGGUGGGCCCUUGGCUGCCUUCUGUAUGAGAUGAUCGAGGGUCAGUCGCCCUUCCAGCAGCGCAAGAAGAAGAUCAAGCGGGAGGAGGUGGAGCGGCUGGUGAAGGAGGUCCAGGAGGAGUACUCGGACAAGUUCUCCGAAGGGGCCCGCUCCUUCUGCACUGCGCUCCUUUGCAAAGACCCCAAGGAACGGCUAGGGUGCCGCGGUGGGGGCGCCCAGGAGGUGAAGGAGCACCCUCUAUUCAGGCACCUCAACUUCAAACGCCUGGAAGCUGGCAUGUUGGAACCCCCGUUUAAGCCCGAUCCCCAGGCCAUUUACUGCAAGGACGUCCUGGACAUCGAGCAAUUCUCUACCGUCAAGGGGGUGGAGCUGGAGUCCACCGACAACGACUUCUACCAGAAAUUUGCCACAGGGAGCGUGUCCAUUCCCUGGCAGAACGAGAUGAUCGAGACGGAGUGCUUCAAGGAGCUAAACGUGUUCAGCCCGGAUGGGACGGUGCCCCCCGACCUGGACUGGAGGGGCCAGCCGUCACCCCAGCCUAAGAAGGGGCUCCUCCAGCGCCUCUUCAGCAGACAGGACUGUUGUGGAAACUGCAGCGACAGCGAGGAGGAGCCUCCGACCCGGCUCUAGACCCGGGGUCCCGCCCGCGCCCGAUGGAGCUCUCACCUGCCCCGCCGCGGCGUGCCUUUGUUUACAGUUUUGCACAUUUGUAUUUUAAAAUGUUGUCUGGAUGGAUGGAUGGAUGGAUGGAUGCCAACACCAGGGCGGGCGCUGGCUGCCCAGCCACCCUGGCUCGGGCGGGCCCAGGCCCCGUGCCCUCCCAUGCCCGUCCCGAGUGACGGGGGAAAGAGGGAGAGGGCCAGCAACCCCCCCCCCCGCCCUGCCCGAGGUUGUUCUAAAUCUCCGGCUCAUACGAUCAGCCUGCCUGCAGCCCCCUCCCCUCUAACCCAGCCCAGUUAGGGGCGGGGGCUUUUCCCUCCCUCAUACAUUCCAGGGGACCAGUCCCAGUCCCCGGCAGCCCCCCGCUGUAGCCCGUUUGAUUUUAUAUAUUUAUAUAUACAUAUAUAUAUAUAUGUACGUAUGUAUAUAUCAACUGUAGAUUUUUAAUCUCCGUUGGGGAGGGGCCCGUAUCUGCCCACCCUCCCCCCCAUCGAGCUGGAAGCAGGGGAAGCCGGGAGGGGCCACCCAUGUCCCCUGACUGGGGGGUGGGGCGGCAGUGCCCGGAGAGCCCCCUCCGGGAUUCUCUCCGGAGCGAGCCACGGGCAGCCGGUCUCUAGAGCGACCAGGAGGGAAGGGGACCGGGCCAGAGUGUUCCCCCCGGCUGGGCUGCCAGGACCUCAGCCCCCUCGCCCCCUGAUGGGCGGGUGGGCACCCCCUUCCACCCUCCGGCCCCGUCUCCCAGCCCUCACACUGUGUUAGCCGCCGUGUACUAGUGACAGCCGUGCCUACGCCGUCCCCUCCCCGGCCGGGCCCCGGGGCUCUGGGCCGCCGAGGCCUUUGGCGAGGGGCAGCUCGCCCCCAGCCGGGAGCAGGGUGGGGAAGGCGGGGACCAAGGCUCAUCCUCUUCCGGCGGCUCCUGGAAUUCAUCUUCUCCCUCCCCGGAGCAGCUCCCCGGGAGAAGCGGGCACACGUGACCCCGGACACCCUGGAGGAGCCGCCUUGUGCCAGGGCUCCGCAGGCCCCGGCUCCCGCCCAGCCUCACACCAAACUCCCGGGAUGGGAGCGGCCCUUCCCUCCGGCUCCUCCUUGCCUGGGUCAGCCGCCCUCCCCCCCGCCCCCGGCCCAGCCACUGCUGCCACACUCGAGUGGGCCCUGGACCCCCCCGGGUUGGCUGCCGCCCGGCUUCUCCCACCCAGGAGGCGCCUCCGGCCACCUCAGGGGCCAAGGCUGGUGCCCUAGCAGGAGUCCAGUUACUAUUUUUCCCUGCGGGAAGUUCUUCCAUUAAGGCUCCUGCUGGGCCGGAAGCUGCUCUCCUUUCUCCCCGUGCCGGCCCCCAGCGCGCACCUUCCAGGGAUUCUGGGAGAGAGGAUUUGGCCUGGGCCGUGCUGGGCAUAGAGCCUUAGGGUAACCACCCCCUUCCUUCCUGUCCCCCUCAGCCCAAGCCCCUCCGGAAGCUUCCCCAGGAUCAGUCCCUGGAGGAGGGGUCGGGUUUUCUCAAUAUUCCGGUCUUGUCGGGUGGUGUUCCCUUGUCGUUUGAGUUCCUAGCAAUAAUCUGGACCCUCCUUGUGUGCCCCAGGAUGGACCGCCCCCCCCCCCAAUACACACACACACACCCCAUUCUCCCCAUACCUCAUCCUGGGGACGUUGUGCCGUUGCUGAGCCAGGCUUCUUGGGACUGUGACUUACCCAAUACGGCACCGUAUCUGUGGUAUCGUUUGCUUGCGUUGCACUGAUGUUCCGAAUAUUUAAAGACUGAUUUUUACUACUUUUUGUUUACUGUUAAAAUACCAAGUGUCUCCGUGGUUUCUGACGUGCGAAGGUGAAUACAGUUAAGCACAAACCUGCCACCUCCCCAUCA